AUCAACGUCACUAAGCUCAUAAAUGUCACAACAAACAAAAUAACUGUCAAAACAAAAACAAAAACAAAAAAAAGAACAACCGAAUGUUAAAAAAUAAUAUUUAAUUUGAUAAUGUUUACUAAUCAGGAUAAUGAACCAGUUGGUUUUGAUUCAACAGUUACAUCUGAAAUAUCAGAAUCAUCAAGUACUGCUCAAACAGAUUUAAUAAAUCAAGAUUCAAAAUCAACACAAAAAACAAUUCAUCGAAAUGUCAUGAGUCAAACAACAGAUGAAAUUAAAUCAACAGUUCCAUCAUUUGAUUAUGAUAAACUUGCUGCAUUUUUAAAAAGAGUUACACCAGGUAUUUUGGAGGCAUUGGACGAAGUGACAGACAGUGAUGUUCUUGAUGAAUAUGAUCCAGUUGCAUCAAGAGAAACAAUAGCUCAAGUUAGAUUGUUAACAAAAUUUUCAACUCUUGAUGAAUCAAUUACACAGAAAAAAAUAAGUGCUGCAAGUUGGAGUACGAAUGGUGGAAUUUUAGCUGUUGCAUACAGUGCAUUGAAACAUGAAACUUGGUGUGAUCAUCUAUCUGAAAUUAAAUUAUAUGAAUUUAAAAGAAAUGAUGAAUUUCAAAAAAAUUCAACAAGACAAUUUGAAGUUGCUUCUUGUGUUACUUGUUUGUCAUAUCAUCCAACAGAGCCUUCAAUAAUGGCAGCUGGUCUCUACAAUGGUGAUGUUGUCUUGUGGAAUUUAGCUGAUGAAGAUUCAAUAACACCAAUUCAAAUUUGUACACAUGGUGAUACAGUAACAUCAUUAUUAUGGAAAACAAGAACAAUAAAUGAUCCGGAUUUGUUAAUAACAUCAGCUGCUGAUGGUUAUAUUUUAAUCCACAAAUUAACUGCUAAUUUUACAAUGUCCAGUCUUUGCAAAAGAUAUAAAAUUAUUAAAGAACAUAAUCCAGCUGAAAAUACAAGACCUCAAAGUUCUGGUGGACGUAGAGAACGUGCUGCUGAAGCUGGACUAUCAAUAACUUGUAUUGAUUUUACAAUGAAAAAUCCAUCAAUUUUCAUUGCUGGUACAUUAUGUGGUGGAGUGUAUAAAUGUAGUCUAGAUGCUGCUACACCAAUUCAAGGGGAUGAUACAUUGAUUGAUCCAGUUGUUGAUGAGUAUGAAAGAUUUGAGGGAAGUGUUACGUCUAUCAAGUGUUCACCACUGAGUAAUAUUUUUGUAUCAACUGGAACAAAUAUGGAAAUACGAAUAUUCGAUAUUGACAAGGAAAAUGUACAACGAGUAAUUACUGUUGAACAUACUAUUGUUGGAUUACAAUGGUUUACUCCAAAUCAAAAUGUCAUAUCAGCUUAUGGUGCUGAUUCAGCUGUUAGAUUUUACGACACUAAAAAUGGACUAAUCAUUCCACAAUUAAAAAUUCAAUCAAAUAAUAAAUAUAUAAGUUGUCUUGAUUUUAAUACAAAAAGAAAUAUAGCAGCACUUGGUGAUACCCAGGGAAUUUUAGAAUUGUUUACAAUGUCCAAAACAUUAUCUGAAACAUAAAAGAAAUAUAUUUUGUAAAAUUUAAAAAUAUAUAAAUUAAAAUAAACAACAAACUUUCUUUCUUUUUUUAUUUAUUUCCUUGGUUGUUUGGUGGAAUUGUCAUCUGGCUUGUCAUCUGGCAACCAUCUGGACCUCCUGGACUUGACUCCAAUUGACUGGCACAUCAUCCAAGGCAAUGAUCAUGAUGAUGAUGAUUUUUUAUAGUUGCGUUUUGAAAAAAACGGAUUUGUUUUUUGUUUUUCAAUUGAAAGAGUAUAUCUUACGUUUAAAAAUUUGCGGGCCCUGAAAAGGGCCCUAAAAAAAAAAAAAUUGCCAAUGAAGUUAAAUCGAUGGGAGUUGAAAUUUUGUUAAUUAUAAAUUUAUCAUAUUGUUUUUUUAUUAAAAAAGUAGUGAAAAUUGUUUAAAAAAUUUUGUAAUACGAGCCCUUUUUUUUAAAUGAAUAUUUUAAAUAUUUUCAGAUUCUAUUAUUAUUGCCAAUUGUUGAUAAUCUCCCAUCGAAUAUUUUUAUUUAUUUAAAAAAAUAAUUAUUUAUUUUUUACUGUUUAAUUAUUAAUUAUAAUAGUAUGCUCGUUUAUAUGAAUUUAUAUAUUUUAUAUUUUAAAAAAUAAGCCAAUUGACUAGCUUCUUGGCUUAUGAUGAUUAAGGACGGUUGAUGAAAUUGAUAAUAAUCAUCAUUAAUUGCUGUUUAAUGAAUGUUGCUCAAUAAUUUAUCACCAAAGCAAGAUCAAAAUUGCUAUAAUCUCUUCAUUCUAUUUAAAAUCUUUUUACUAUUUUCUUCUCGUUAUUUAAAAAACUGCAGAUUAAUGUUGUUUUUUUUUUUUUUUUUUUUAAAUUCAUUUACAUGAUAUUUAUUUUUUAUAAUGACCUAAUUAUUUUUUUUAAGCAUUAUUUAUUUUUUUUCUUCUCAAUCUGUAGUUUCUUAUUUUUUUUUUUUGCAAUCUUAUGUUAAUCUCUUCCUGAUCCUUGCAUUUUCUAGCCAGAUUUUGUAGAAUGUAUUUUUUAUUUAUAUAUAUGAACAAAGCUACAAGUCACCUGGUUUCGCUUUUAUUUAUUUAUUCAUUUUUAAAAAUUUUUUAAAUUAUUUGCGUGAUCUUGUUUAUACUAUUUCACCCUGUCGGUUAUCACUAUUAUUAUUAAU